GUUGAGCUGUGAGUUUUUUUUGUUUUCCUAGAAACCACAAGGUAUGAGAAAAUGGCUGCCGCAGGUAUCCUCUUCACUUUGUGGAUGGCCACAGUCUUUCCCACUGGACUCGGAUGCCCUGCGCUCUGUUCCUGCACAGAUAAAUAUGGCCGCCACUUUGCUGAAUGCUCCUACAAAGACCUAGCUGAGGUACCGGAAGGUUUGCCUGCUAAUGUGACGACUGUGAGUCUGUCCGCUAACAAGAUCAGUGUGAUACAGUUGGGGAGCUUUGACAAUGUCACUCGGGUGACAUCGCUGUGGAUGGCCCACAAUGAGAUCGUCACAAUCGAAGAAGGGACUCUCACACCUUUGGUUCAUCUGCGUAACUUUGACAUCAGCCACAAUAGAAUCGUAGAAUUCCCUUGGGAGGAUCUGCAGAACCUCACAGGCCUGCAUCUGCUGAAGAUGAACCACAACGAGAUGGUCCACCUGCCGAGGGAAGCCUUCUACAACCUCAAAGACCUGAGGUCACUCCGACUCAACAAUAACAAUUUCAUUACGAUAAUUGAUGGGACGUUUGACGGUUUGGUGUCUUUGUCCCACUUGCAGGUAUAUGAAAAUCCUUUUGCAUGCACCUGCUCCCUCGACUGGCUCAGAGACUGGAUUUCAAAGACCAUGAUCACGGUCCCAGAGCAGAAUUUAAUCACUUGUGCAACUCCACCCAAACUUAGAGGAGAACUGAUUGGAAAGUUGCCUGAGUCAAAGUGCACAAGCCCGAACGUGACAAUACAAAUCAAGCCAAAUGUCCACAACAUGAUUUUCCACGAGGGCGGUGUGUUGGUCUUGACUUGUGAAUUUGUAGGAAAUCCAAAACCUCUGGUCAUGUGGAAUAUCCAAAGCAAAAACCAGAGGCAAGAGCUUGUGUUGUCCUUCACUGAGGAUGACUCAGCAGAAUCGAAAGAGGACUCCAUGAUGUCCUAUAAUCCUUUCAAAGUCUUUAACAAUGGCACUCUUAUCAUUUCACACAUCCGGAAAGAAGAUGGUGGCAACUACAGCUGCUCGGCCACAAAUGAGUUUGGAAGAAGCGAGGUUUCUGUGUCAGUGGACGUGGUGGCUUUACCUAAACCAACACCAAGAAAACCAAUUACCACGACGCCUGUUUUUAGUAAAACGCACCCAUCUCUACGCCAAACAACAGGCAAACCAUUGUUUUUGGAUUCUGUGCAUCACUUUGAUAUCAAGACAAAAGACUUAAUUAAAGUAGUACCUACUUUCCCGCCCACUGUGGAGAUCAAGUCUUCUGAGGAGUCAACAACAUCCCCAUCACAUGCUAGUAAAUGUGGCUUGACUGCUAACACAAGAUACAUUUCUAGUCAUGUCUUUAAUGAGAGCGUGGAAGAUUUCAAGCAGUACACAUUUGACUUUGGAGUUAUUGCAUUAGGGGUGUCAGAAACAGAGGCAACAGUGCGACUCAAUCCUCUUCUCAUACCGAGAGACAGUGGCAUCAACCAAGCCCCAAAAACUGCCGCAACGUCUAAUGAGAGCUUCCACAUUGACAGUGAAAAGCAUCACGGCCUUUCUGCUGUCGGUAAAAACUCAAAUGGCUUGUAUCUGUGCGUUGCUGCUGAUCUCAGACACUCGGCCGUGCAGUGGUCAAGAAUCAAAGAUGGCGUCAACACGUAUAUGUUCAGUGGUUUACGUCCCGACACCAACUACUCCCUGUGUCUGACGUACAGAGGGGAGGACUGUGAGGUCCAGGUUCUGUUCAGCACCAGGAGGAGGGUACCUAACCUGCUCAUCAUCAUCUCCGUCAGCAUCUGCCUCCUGACCGUGUCCACCGUGCCUCUCCUCGGUGCAACGUGCUUCCACCUGGUGUACAAAUACCGCAGCAAGACCUACAAGCUGAUCCUGAAGGCCAAAGAUCAGUACCACAUGGAGAGGAACCUCGCCCCUAACUUCAGGGCACCUCACACCGAGUCCCGGAGGAAGAUUAAUGGAAGCCAGCUGGACGAGGAGGAGGGGGACACGGAGAGCAGAGACGAGGACAAAGAGGCGGAUACAGAAGAAAGUGUGAUGACUGAGUCCUUUUCUCUGUCUCAGUGCAGGGGGAACUUAGACAACUGUGAGGUCGGGUCUGAGUUUAGUGAUAGGUUACCUUUGGGAGCUGAAGCAGUAAAUAUUACAAGCAACUACACUUAUCCAAACCAGUAA